AUGCGCAGGACCCAAAGCGCCGAGUUGUAGUAGUAAGCCGUUCACUAAAACAUGUCGGUUGUUUUUGUGCCGAAGAGACAACGCGGGAAAGCGCAGAUUAACCAAGAAACAAUUCAACGACUGCUGAAUGAAAACGAGCAGCUCGUGCGGUGUAUAGCGGAGUACAUGCAGAAGGGCAGAGCCAUGGAAUGUGUACAAUAUCAACAGAUCCUCCACAGAAACCUGGUUUAUUUAGGAACGAUAGCAGAUGCAAGUCCUGAUUCACCUGCGCCGUGUGAAGACGCUUCAGCUCUCAGUGGAAAGACAAACAUCUCCAAAACGUGACUGGAACCUGGACUUCGUUUGUGCAUAGUGUUUUUUUUUAAGGGCUAGUUACAGCAGAACACUUUUCUCCUUUACUCUGAUUGGUCAGGUGGUGUUGAGUUUAUGCUCCAUAACAGCAGCUCUGACAGAGAGUACAGGUUUAGAUCCUGAUGUUAAUAAAGAGAUUAAAUACAUGCUUUAACAUUAACAGAAGGAGUCUCCAGUGUCAGCAGUUUCUAACAGUCAGUUUAUCGCCAUGGGAACGUCUCCGAAUGCAGGACUAAAAACAGAGACUGGUGAUGGAACUACUGGUUACUGAGAAAUUAUCUGGAUGUAUAAAUGGAGAAAAAGAUACAAAUUGUGUUUUAGUUCAUUUAACAUAUUAAACUUUUUAAAAAAAUGCUUUGUUAUAUAAUUUAUUGCAUCCUCUGUGUUGCUUCUUAAUAAUAAACCCGGUGUUUUCCCACACAGUAUAUUUGGUUAUU